AUGGGUCUGUUGGUGGGACAUCAAUCUGCUCUCAUCUUGACGCCUACCAGAUCUGUGCCGGCCGCCCCGGGCCUUGGCCUCCCGAGCAACAAAUCGGAGCAUGGCGUUGAGCCUGGAUUUUCAGCUUCAGCCUCUCAAAUUCAGUCGACUUCGAUCCUCCAAAGCCUCGUCUCAGACAAUGCCACAAGCGAGCACGCACUACUGCCUGACAAAUAA